ACAUUGACUGCUGAGCUGAUGCGGAGUUGAAAUGUUUGCCAGUGUAGCCUGAUAUGAUGCGGCCUCUCAUUUUAGUGAAGAUAUUAUGAAGUGAAAAUAUUCUAUCCUCAUUACGUGAUAUGACAUGAAGUUGACACGGAAACUGGUUCUGGCCAAGGCUAAGGCCUCCGACUUGGAAAGCGUGAAGAAACUGAACUGCUGGGGAUGCAACCUGACUGAUAUUUCUAUCUUCUCCCAAAUGCCCAACAUCGAGGUGCUGACACUGAGUGUCAACAGCAUCACAUCUCUCUCUCCUCUGGCUGGAUGUCUGUCUCUGUGUGAGCUCUAUCUGAGGAGGAACAUGAUUCCCUCUCUGUCUGAACUUUCCCAUCUACGUCCACUGACCAGACUCCGAGUUCUCUGGUUGGCUGAGAACCCCUGUUGUGGAACUGACCCUGGCCAGUACAGACUCACUGUUCUCCGCUGCCUGCCUCGACUUCAGAAGCUGGACAACCAAGUCGUGACAGAAGAGGAGAUUGCACUAGCUCUCAUGGAGGGUGAAGAGGUCACCACACCCCCAGGUUCAAUCCAGAACCAGCUUUCUACCAACGGCCUUCCAGACGCAGAAACGGAGAACGACCCACUCAACUACAACAUGGAAGAGACAAAUAAAAUCAGAGAACAGUUGGGGAUGAAGCCCCUCUCCAGAGACAAGUUCCCGUCACUGUCAUCUCCAUCGACCAGAGAAACUAAAACAUCUUUGAGGAAGUCACACACUCUCGAUGCAGUUCUGCUGCUGCUUAAGGAUUUGGAAGAAGAGGAGCUUCGCAUUGUACACACAGCCACGCAGAACAGACUCCAGAUGUACACACUGGACUCGGAAAUGCUCAACGAUUCACUGCAGACACAGAAAACAGCCGACAUCCAACACUGAAACAGUUCACAGCAUGCGCUCAGGUCAACAUAGAUGCAUGGCACUGUAUUUAACUUCACUGACCCCUCUGCUUUUUGUGGUCCACUUUUUUCAUGAGGCGAAAUAACUAAUUUUGUUAGCUUUUUUUUUUUUUUUCAAUACAACCCUGUGUCUAAAAGCAAUGAUCAAGAAAAUGCAAUUAUGUUGAUUUAUUUGACAACAGUGCAUGAACAAGUCAAAUGCUGAAUCUGAGAAAUUUUGCAAUAAAUACAUGCUUAUUUAGAAUACAAUACCAGCAACACAAGCAUGUAUUUUUCAAGUUUCGUCAUGUUAUAGUUAAAAAUAUUUCAAUACAGGGUCCAAAUUAUUUGCAGAUCAUGGUUUUCAUUUUUACAGUGUCUCAACAGUUUACGGAAACAGCUUUGUACGUGCAACCCUCCCUGCCUUGUAAGAACAACAGAAUGUAUGUUUUGCUACAUGUUAAUCUAUUUCUAUAAUUAAAGAGGUAAAAACUGCAA